CACCUACAUCCUUAUUCCUCAAAAACAAUUUCGUCGAAACCACACCAACUCGUCCACUCACUACGAAAAUUCUGCCAGAAAACAUUGCGCCACAUCAUACUCAUACCAGCCACAUCAUACUCACACCCGCUGUUACAGACAGACUCAACGACGCAUCCCAAAGUCGCGCAAUAGGCUCCAGCCAGUUACCAACCUUACACUCUCCUUUCACAAAAAUGAACGGUAUCAAGCAAGAAGCGGAGGCGGGCACGCCAGUGCAGUACAUGGACGACGAGUUCUUCGAGGAUACCGGGGAGAUGACGAUGCCCGAGCCAGACACCAAGAGCGACGUCUGGUUAACGCGCAUCGAGAAGUGGUUGUACGAUGCUGUCUCCAACUGGGAUGAUCUCGCAGAAGGCAACGACGACGACCAGAUCCAAAUUGGCGAAAUACUCGCCUUCAACACAACCACAGGCAUCGACAAGAGCAAGCCCAUGCGGAUGUUCUUCAACGACCGAUGGCGCGCCAAGGCGAAAUUGCCCACUGCAUAUGAAGUGCGGCCACAAGAGUGCUCAGAUACCGUACUCGGGAACACAUAUGUCUUCACCGAGAAGGACCUCCCAGGCUACAAGCCCAAUGGGUUUGGCCAGGGUUACCGAGGCGGUCCGGGAAGCUAUGGCAUGCAAAACCCCAAAGCCGGCAUACAGAAGCGCGGCAAGUACAGAAAGGCAAUCCCUAAGCAGACAGCCUUGAUCGGCCAUGCAACACGCCAGUACCAGGCCAUCCCUCUGCCCACGAAAGAGUAUAAGGACUUUGAGCAGCAGCGUCUUAAGCAGGCCAUCCAAGGCUCGCACAUGGAGACUGUCAUCAUCAAGGAUCCCGGCGUUGUCAACUACAACAGCGUCCAGAGCAAAUUCACCUCAUUCAUCAAACCCACCACCAAAGCAAAGGCACAGCAGAACAAGGCGGCUCGUAUCUCUCACCGCGAGUUGCUGGACAUGCUGCACAGCCUGUUCGACGAGUACGAGUACUGGUCCAUGAAGGCGCUCAAGACACGCACAAGGCAGCCCGAGCAGUUCCUCAAAGAGGUGCUCCCGGAGCUGGCUCACUUGGUCAAAUCGGGCUCCUUCGCGAGCCACUGGCAGCGCCAGCAGCACUUCAACGUCGGCCGCACGCUCAGCAACCAGCAGUCAGCGCUGGCUCCGGACGUCGGCGGCGACGAAUCGGAAGACGACGAGAUGGAAGACGUGAUGGUUUAGAAGCCGCAGCGGUUCUGGAUGACGUUUUCAUUGUUCUGUCCGCCGCAGAGGCCCAGACUGCUGUGCUGUGUGUAAUGGAGGUUUCUCGCGUUUUCUUCAGCGGUGUUUCUGUACAUGGUUUCUGUACACGGUUUCUGUACAUGCAUAGAGGCGUUUAGUAGUCUUGCGUAUACCCCCAAUAAUACCAGAUCAAUCCCAUAUCAAGCAAAGAGAUUCAGA